GCGUCUAGAACGGGGAUUGGGAUUAGGCCGCCGCCGCACGGGAGAGCCCCAAGCACCGCCGUUCGGCACUGGGGAGCCCCGCUAGGGGAGCCCUGACCGCCGCUCGGUACCGGUAGAGCCUCAGAGGGGCCCGAGUCCUGCUCCGAGCGGGACUGCGGAAGGAGCCAGCGAAGCCCGGUGCGGCGCCGCCCGGGAGCGGGAGCCGCGUCCAGCCCGUGACCAGCCGGCAGCUGCGGCCGGAGCCCGGUGUGCCGGUCCGGGAGCUGCUAUGGCCUCACAGAACGCCGACCCCGCCGCCGUGUCCAGCGCAGCAGCCCGCAAAGCGGCCGAGACCGGGGCCACGGCGGCCCGCGGCGCGGUGGGGAAGAGGCUGCAGCAAGAACUGAUGGCGCUGAUGAUGUCCGGUGACAAAGGCAUUUCUGCCUUCCCCGAGUCCGACAAUCUCUUCAAGUGGAUCGGGACCAUCGACGGCGCCGCCGGGACGGCCUAUGAGGAGCUGCGGUACAAAUUGUCGCUGGAGUUCCCCAGCGGGUAUCCCUACACAGCACCCACCGUGCGGUUCCUGACCCCCUGCUACCACCCCAACGUCGACACCCAGGGCAAUAUCUGCCUCGACAUCCUCAAGGAAAAAUGGUCGGCGCUGUAUGAUGUCCGCACCAUCCUGCUCUCCAUACAGAGCCUGCUGGCAGAGCCAAACAUUGAGAGCCCUCUGAACACACAUGCCGCUGAACUCUGGAAGAACCAAGUCGCCUACAAGAAGUAUGUGCGGGAGACGUACAACAAGCAGACCAAGAGCCAGGAGACCUGACCGUCACCACCCCCCAAUACACCCCCUCCCUCCCAGCUGUCCCCUGUGUUCUGUAUCAUAGGCUGUUUUUAAAUUA